CUUUGCUGUAGUUUCCUGUCUCAAAAUCAGCUGCUGUUCACAGUAGUUAUGGUAUCACAGUAAAAACUGCAACACUGGAAAGCAUAGCUUGCCAGAAAGAAAUUUCAGUGCAGUGGAUGGGAUCCUUGUCGUUGUGCCCUGGGGAAUUAGCAGAAGAAAGUGAUCCAUAAGACUACAGAGCUUGCUCUUCUGUAUCCAGGCUGGAAUCAAUGAUUGUUCUAAGGAGGGGACAAUGAAUAGCACUGAGUGCAUGGAUGAUUACAAUCUGGAUAAGAACUUGUUUCCAUUUGUUUACAUCAUUGUGAUUGUGGUCAGUAUUCCUGUCAAUUGUUCAUUCCUCUGUGUAUCUUAUAUACAAGUAAGGAAAAAAAAUGAGUUAGCUAUAUACCUCUUCAGUUUAUCCCUAGCUGACCUCCUAUACACUCUGACCUUGCCUCUGUGGAUUGAUUACACUUGGCAUGAAGAUACCUGGCAAUUCUCUGCUUUGCUUUGCCGGAUUUCUGCCUUCCUUAUGUACAUGAAUUUUUACACCAGUGCUGCCUUCCUCACUUGCAUCUCCGUUGAUAGAUACCUGGCAUUAGUUCACCCUCUCAAGUUCCAACACCUGCGCACAAGAAGAUCUGCCUUGCUUGUUAGCAUCUUUGUUUGGGUUUUGGAAACCAGCCUUAACGGUAUGAUUCUGGUGAAGGAUGAAACAUUCCACAAGGUUUGCAAUUCCACUGACCAUGUCUUAUGUUAUGAUAAAUACCCUUUGGAAAAAUGGCAAGCCAUACUAAACAUCUUCCGGAUAUGCUCAGGAUACAUGAUCCCUUUGGCAAUCAUGCUGUUUUGCUACCAAAAAAUCUACCAAGCUGUGAGGCAUAAUCAAGCCACAGAAGAUAGAAAAAAGAAAGUCAAGAAGCUGCUAUUGAGCAUCACCAUUACUUUCUUCUUUUGCUUCACUCCCUACCACGCUGUGUUGCUGAUUCGCAGCAUCAAUGAGCCAGACAAUGGCAACUUUAUCCAUAUGUUUAAGCCUUAUAGAAUUACUCAGGCCUUAACAAGUUUCAACUGUAUUGCUGACCCAAUUCUGUACUGCUUUGUGAGUGAAACUGGGAGAACGGAUAUCCUGAACAUGCUCAAGCGCUGCUUUUGUGUGCGGCAAUCUGAAUUACAGCAGCCAACAGAUGCUACUAUGACUAGCAUUAUGAAAAAGAAUACUACAGCAGUGACACUGAAGUCAUCUACAGACCUUUAAGUGAAAAUGAACUUUUGUCCAAAAUGCCCAAUAUAGUGAACUGCCAAAGUCUUUCCUCAUUUACACCCAAGAAACACCACUGAAGCUGUAUAGUAUUCAAAAUAAUGUGAAAUCAGUGGAGUUGCCUGGGUGUAACUGAGGGGAAAAUUCAGCCAUUAUAUUUUUUUGCUUUACAUAUACCAUGCAAGGGCAAGUAUGUGGUCUAGUGAUCUAAAGGAGGUAAAUGUGAGUCAGGACUCAUGGGUUCUAUUAUUGGAGGAUUUAAUAGGGAUUCAUUAUGUGACCAGAGCAAGUCAUUGAAGUUGCACCAGUAUACAACUGGAGUGGAGAGGC